AUGUUUCCAGAAGAUAUACAGGAAAGAGAUCGGCAAAAGAGUGUCCUUAAAGGGAAAUUACCCAAUAAGGAAAUAAUAGAAAAAGUGCAUUCAGAUUUGAUGGAUACCAGAGGAUCAAGCAGUCAGCUCAUGAAGGAUUUCCAAGAACUCAGAUUCAUACAAGACUUUGUGCGCCCAUUUAAGAACGAAGAAAAAAUUCAUAAAGAAAUUCAAGAGUCGUCGGGGGCGAACUACCCAGGGAAAUUAAAUACCAGAAACCCUUCACUUUUAAAAUAUUCAAAAAUAGAAAGUGAACAGGAAAUGGAUAUUACAAGAUUCCCGGAUAUUCCGCACACUGCAAUAAUUAAUGAGUCUGGGACUAAUGGUCUAAUUUCAACGAGAUUUAAUGACGAGGUUUGCAUGGGACUAGCCAGGGAAGACGCAACCAGAAGAAUGAAUUGCGUCUUAUUCCAGGACAUCCAUGAUAAAAAUCCGUUUGAAAUCCAAAAUAACGGAAAUUCAAUUGAUAUGAAAAUUGAAGAAUUAAAUUUUGAAAUUUUAAAAUUAAUUGAAAAAAAGGUCAGAAAUGACCUUACAAACUCGCAUGAAGCCACAGUAACCAUGUAUAAGGAUGAGAUAGAUCACCUUAACAUGAAAAUACUCUCACUUCAGGCAUCUUUUAAGAUAGAAUUAGAAGAAGUUUCAAAAGAGUCAGAAAUUAAUCACAGAAUGAACAAAAAGCUCAAGGAGAUCCAGGAGAAGUCGGAGGGAUACCAGAAAGAGCUAAAUCAAAGGGUUAAGUUAUUCCAAGAGCAAGAAUGCAGGUGGAUCCAGAGGUCGAUCAAAAUGGAGUCAGAUUUGAAGGAAAAAGAUGCAAAAAUCUCAAGAAAUUUCACAGAAAUUCAAGAAAAAGAUGCAAAAAUUAUCCAUCUCACCCGGGAAUUAUCAAAUUUAAAAAUAAAAAUAAAAAACCCUUCACUCACAGAUUUAUCACAAAUUGAUGAACUGAAGGGAACAAUAAAAUUAUUAAAAGAAGAAAUUGAUGAAAUCACAAGGAAAUUCCAGAUAGACGAAAAAGAUGAAAAAGACAAGAUAUUCCCAGAGAAAGUGAAGGAAUACAAGAUGAAAACUGAAAUAAACCCAGAGUUAGACACGAAAAUGCACCCGGACCCAGAAGAUAAAAGGAAAUCCAAUGGCAUUCCAGGAAGAAAGGGUCUUCCAGCCUCAAAGCACAUUUUCCAUUUCUACAGAAUAAAAGGUCUCCCAGAAACCGUUAAAACAAUACCACUACCAAACAUAAGAAAGACAUGGUGCUCAAUUGCAGGGAUAAAGACAGGACACAUGGGCUUUAUAAUGCACCUACCACAAAAUACCAUGCAAUUAGCAAUUCCAACGAAGUUUCAGCCUAAUUUAAGACUAAUUGCAGAGUCUUACAGGAAAUCACUAAAUAAUCCUGUUGAAAUUGAAGGACCAGUGGACCCAUUGGAAUUCCCAACGGCAGAAAAGAAGAAUCUUCUAUUCCGCCUGAAGGAAUAUGCCUUGCAGUUAGUCAAUAAUAUAUCCAUGAAGCACAUUGAACUCUAUAAAUUCAGUGAGAAAGUGCUUUCAUGCAAAUCCCCAGAAGAAUUCUAUGAGAGACUCCGUAUAGGGACCUUAUAA